CUUUUGUCCCUCCUGACACGCCGUAGUGAGACUAAAAACGUGCUAUCCGGUGCUGUUGUGUUGUGACUGAAUGAGACGAUUCUUGAGAUUUAAGAACAGCCUCACGCGUUUCGACUAAAACAGGAACUCCUUUCGACUUUUACAGUGUAGUCGCUGCAUUUUCUUUUACCUCACAUUGAGCUGAUUUAGUCUCAACCCGUAAGCUAGCCGCUAACCGAAGAGAAGCAACUCAAACAAGACGGUAGUUCGCUGCUACUUUACUGCAGUUCAAACGUCAGGAAAGCCUCGCUGUUGUAACAUGUCGGCUGUGCCAAACGAGUUGAGGAAACGGAACAAGAAGCGAUAUGCGGGCGGACACCACAACAAGCGGUAUAAGGGCUCCCGUGAGCUGGAGGUGGGUAUGGAAGGAAUCCUCAUCACCUGCAACAUGAACGAGAAGAAGUGCACAGCCGAGGCCUUCAACCUGCUCAAUGAAUACGCCGACAAGCUCUAUGGACCCGAGAAGUUUCAUGGUAAUGCUGGGAGCAGCAGUGAUGAAGAAGAGGCUGAAGAAGAAGAUGUUGAUGUUGCACUAAAGAAAGAAGUGGCACAGCUGCAAGCGUCUAGAACGAAACAGGAGAGACGCUUCCUGGCUUUGGACAGUGGGGCAAACAACGUAAUCUUCAUCAGAACUCAAAAUCUGGAAUCUGACAAGUUGGUUCAUCACAUCCUGUCUGAUCUCCACACCACCAAGAAGAAAAAGUCUCGUGUGAUCCUUCGGAUGCUGCCAGUAACUGGAACAUGCAAGGCCUUCCAGGAAGAUAUAGUGAGGUACCUGACUACUUUCUUGGAACCAUGGUUCAAAACCCCAAACUAUGCUACCUAUCAGAUCGCCUUCAAGGCCCGCAACAGCAGCCACAACAAGAGAGAUGAAAUCAUCAAAGCAGUUGCAGGUCUUGUGGGGAAGCUGAAUCCUAAAAACAAAGUGGAUUUGACAAACCCAGAACUGACGAUCAUUGUCGAGGUCAUCAAGGCCGUGUGUUGCAUCAGUGUGGUUAAGGAUUAUACUCUGUAUAGAAAGUACAACGUUCAGGAAAUAGUCAAGGUGGAUGCACCAAAGCCUGAUGCGACCUCAGCAAAAACUGAUGCAAACACACCCGAGGAGGAGGGAAAUCAGAAGGAAGGGGACACAAAACAUGAAGACAAGACAGGUGAUGAGGAAAAUGGCAAAAGUGUGUCACAGGACGACAAGGAGGUUGAUAAGGGCCAAGGUGAAGGAGAAUAAGGCUUCGAAAUCAAAGCAACAAGUUGUUAGUCAGAUUCAAAAUGUCUUUGCUAUGUUGUUAUGCUUUUGUUUGCAAAGAGAAAGAAGUAAGAUAUUUUUUUCAUAGUUUAUGACAUUAAUUACAAAAGAUGGUUGGCAGGAUCCUACAAUAAUUUACUGUCUUUGUUUUCAUUAAGAAAACUAUCAAUGAUAUUGGGGUGUCCAUUUUAAUGGAGAGCUUUAGUAUGAACUGAACAUAUCUUUAUGUGCAGGUUAACGCUGUUUCAGCAGCUCACAUUUUACUUUUUAAAACUCGUUUGAAUUAAACGUUUUAAAUUUAAGUUUAACAGAGGUACAGGCCUGUGUGUGCGCAUUACACACAAACACAGUGAUAGACUGUUUUUGUAAGAUUUCCUAAAGCAGCACCUGAAUUAAAGCUGCGUGUGUUUGUAACUGACAUUUUCUCACUUCAUGUUGCAGUGAUUGUGACAGCAGUUUAGUACAUGUGGUGUGUCGGAGCUUUUUUUUUUUCUUCCUCUUCACAUCAUGGAGUAAAAUGUCUCUUGUGACUAAAAACCAA